GCGAGCUGGGGGCAUGUCCGCGGCGGGCGCCGUCUAGAGGAAGGCCGAGCAGCCGCCACCACGCUCUCAGUCGCGGCGAGACGCAAGCGAGCCAGGCCUAGGGCCGCGGCGGCGAUGCAGCGACGGCGGCGCCCUCCGCCGCCGGCUUCUCAGCUGCCCGAGGGCUGCGGGGGAGGUGGCGGCGGCCGCAGCGGGAGCGAGGAGGUGGAAGUGCAGUUCUCCGCCGGGCGUUUGGCCUCGGCCGCGGCGGUUUCGGCGGCGGCGGCGGCCGCGCGCAGCACGGAGGAGGAGGAGGAGCGGCUGGAGCGCGAGCACUUCUGGAAGAUCAUUAAUGCCUUCCGCUACUACGGCACCAGUAUGCAUGAGCGAGUGAACCGAACAGAAAGACAAUUUCGAUCACUUCCAGAUAAUCAACAGAAACUACUUCCUCAGUUUCUUCUUCACUUGGACAAGAUUCGGAAAUGCAUUGAUCAUAAUCAAGAAAUACUACUGACCAUUGUGAAUGAUUGCAUACAUAUGUUUGAAAAUAAAGAAUAUGGAGAAGAUGGGAAUGGAAAGAUUAUGCCAGCAUCUACAUUUGACAUGGAUAAACUAAAAUCUACACUGAAACAGUUUGUGAGAGACUGGAGUGAAACCGGGAAAGCAGAGAGGGACGCCUGCUACCAACCAAUCAUUAAAGAAAUUUUAAAAAAUUUUCCAAAAGAAAGAUGGGAUCCUUCUAAAGUAAAUAUUCUGGUACCUGGUGCUGGACUAGGAAGACUGGCCUGGGAAGUAGCUAUGCUAGGUUAUGCUUGUCAAGGAAAUGAAUGGAGUUUUUUUAUGCUCUUUUCUUCCAACUUUGUACUCAACAGAUGUUCCGAAGUUAAUAAGUAUAAGCUUUAUCCCUGGAUCCAUCAGUUUAGCAAUAACCGGAGGUCAGCUGAUCAGAUUCGACCCAUCUUUUUCCCUGAUGUUGAUCCCCACAGUCUUCCUCCUGGUUCUAAUUUUUCUAUGACAGCAGGAGAUUUUCAGGAGAUCUACUCAGAAUGCAAUACCUGGGACUGCAUUGCUACCUGUUUCUUCAUAGACACAGCUCACAAUGUCAUUGAUUAUAUUGACACAAUAUGGAAAAUACUCAAGCCAGGAGGAAUUUGGAUAAAUCUAGACACCUGGGAAGGAAGAAACCAAGUGCAGGAACACAGACCUGGUCAGUAUCCCAGCUUCAACAAUUACUGUGUGGUCUUCACUUUUUCCUUCACCCCACAAACACUGAGAAUCUGCAUUGUGUCAGGAAUAAGGCUUGAUCAAAGGUCAGAAGUUAUUGUUUUUCCCACCAGAGCUUACAUAGCAGAGGAAAGGUGUCAAACAAGUAAUUACAAAACAACAAUGAAAACAAGUAAUUAACUAAUUGUAAGAACUGAGGUCACGGUCAUAAGGGACACGUACAGGGUACUCUGAGCAGUAGGGAGAUGCUGACUUAAGAGAAGACUUUCCUAAAGAAAUGAUUAUUUGAGCUGAGACCUAAAAGAAGAAAAGAACUUAUCAAAUACACAUGCAGAUAUGAUCAAGAAUCUGUAUUACAUAUUUCAAGUGUUCCUGCUAUAAUCACCAUUUACUUGUACCUUAAUUAGUACAAAGAGGAAAACUGGUAUUUUUCCAGUCUGCAAGGAAAUUUACACAAUUUUUUUUUUUAAGAUUUUAUUUAUUUGACAGAUCACAAGCAGGCAGAGAGGCAGGCAGAGAGAGAGGAGCAAACAAGCUCCCUGCUAAGCAGAGAUCCUGAUGUGGGGCUCAAUCCCAGGACCCUGGGAUCAUGACCUGCGCUGAAGGCAGAGGCUUUAACCCACUGAGCCACCCAGGCGCCCCCACAAUUUUCUUUAUACUGGUUGAGUUCUUACAGAAUAAGUCAGGUAUGUCAUAGUCAAUGGUCUGAACAUUACAAGGUUGAUGAAUUUCCUUUUGUAUAUUAUAUAUAUUAAUACACAGCAUAUAAUAUACUUAUAUAUAAUGAAUAAAUACAAUUUCCUACAACAGACAAGGAAGCAGUCAUAUCUCAAAGUUAAAAGUUAUACAACAAUGUAACCUUGAAGUCAAAGUAAAAGGCAUUUCCUGCCAAGCCUGGCAGUAUGCCUGAACUGAGGAUGUGAUGUGUUGUUGACCGUCUGGGGACCGGGGAAACCAAGGCAGCUAGAGUCUGCAGGACAGAGAACCUGAGAGGAGGGAAUUCGACACAGAGAGCACUCUGGAGAUCAGAGCAGAGCCCCCUCCCAACUCCGAACACGGAUUUACGGAGUACUGAUGAAGGCAUGUGUGUGAAGUGAUCUCCCAAGGCCAGACCAAGAAGGACCAACAAAGUAAACCUGGAAUACCUGGUCUCCAAUAAAAAACUGCCAUGUAUGCAGACACAGAACAAAACAUCCUUAGAGAUUAAUCAAUGGGAACCAACCCAGAACCAAUAAAGAUGUUAGAAUUAGGAGAGAAGGACAUUAAAACAUGAGUAUAACUGUUCCGUAUGUUCAGAAAGCUACACAGAGAUGCACAGAAGACUUACACUGAACUUCUGGAGAUAGUAAGCACAUUGUCUGGGAUAAAAAAUACAGCCUUUGAGAUUAACAGCAGAAAAGGUGUGAGAAAAGAAAAGGUUUGUGAACUUCAAAUCACAGCAAUAGAAACUAGCCAAAACACUAUGGGAAAAAAGGCCACACUGGCUUUUCUGCUGUCCCAAGCUCAAGCCAGAUGUGCUCUUACUUUAGCACAUCUGCACUCAUUAUCUCCACCUACAAUCAGUCACCAUAAAUGCUCAACUCACCCCUGAUUUUCCUCAGGUCCCUGCUCAAAAGUCUCCUUAUCCGAGAAAAACCCUUCUUGACCACCUAAGGUAACCUCACCCAUCCUUACUCUGUUCUUCUUCAGCACCUGACAGAUGUACUUGUUUCCUGUCUAUCUCCCUCAAUAUAAGCUUCACUUGGGGAGUCACGAAAUGGAUUUUUGUUUGUUUACUGUGUUAACUCUAGAAUUUUCCAUGGUCCAGUUAUACUUCUGAUAUGAGUACCUGGUUGGAUAAAUGACGGGAUAUGGCGGGGACACAAGAUUGGACGAGGAGAUGCCUGUGAAACAUCCAAGCGAAAACAACGAACAGUCAUUCAUUCAACAAACAGGUACCGAGCACCUGAUAUAUGUCAGGCACUGUUCUAGGUGCUCGAGUAUAUUACAAGUGAAGAAAGAAAAAAAAAAAAAAUGAAGAACCCUACCCUAAAGGAGCUUACUUCCUAGAGAAGGGCACAGUAAGAAUAAUAAGUAAGUUGAGUCCUGUAAUAGAUUGGAAGGUGAUAUGUGCUAUAGGCAAACAAACAAACAAAGUAACAAACAAAUAAAUCAGGCAACGUGAAUCUCAAGAGUCCUGGGAAGUGCUGAGUGAGUUGAAAAUUUAAAUAGGGUGGUCAGGGCUGGAUUCAUUGAGAAGUUGGAAAGGGUCUCGUGCUCUGGGGUGAGGUUUAUCUAUUAAAUUUGCAGUAAUAUGGGGCACCUGGGUGGCUCAGUGGGUUAAAGCCUCUGCCUUCGGCUGGGGUCAUGAUCCCAGGGUCCUGGGAUUGAGCCCCACAUCAGGCUCUCUGCUCAGCGGGGAGCCUGCUCCCCAUCCCCCCGCCUGCCUCUCUGCCUACUUGUGAUCUCUGUCAAAUAAAUAAAUAAAAUCUUUUUUUAAAAAAAUUGCAGUAAUACCUGCCAUGGAGUUCCGAGGAUUAAAUGAGAUAUGGAAAACGUCUGGCAAGUACAUAGUUGCUAAAAAAAAGUUUUUAAACCACUUCCCCACCCUAAAUGCUGUAGGGCUUUAAUCAGUCUGAAACAGGCAAAUUUCAAGAUAAGCAGAACGUUAGUGAGUGCGCAUCCCUUCUUUACCACGAAGACGUGAAAAGUUUCCUUCUUUGUUGCUUUGCUAUUAGUAAGGAUGAGUUCUGAGUCAUUAUCCAUAAGAAGUGCUGGGGAAAGAAAUCAGAGAGUUGCUUAGACAAAAUUAUCGGACAGGAAGAAAAUCCCGUUGGGUCCAUAUAAAAGUGCCCCUGGAUGGGGGGUGAGGGUGGGAGUGAGGGGCUGCAAGGUUUCUGCUUUACAUGAAGUGGCACAGUGUUAACUUGAAGUCAGCUGUGGAAAGUUAAAGAUGUGUAUUGCAGGGGCACCUGGGUGGCUCAGUGGUUAGGCCUCUGCCUUUGGCUCAGGUCAUGAUCUCGGAGUCCUGGGAUCAAGCCUCACAUCCGGCUCCCUGCUCGGCAGGGGAGCCUGCUUCCCUGCCCCUCUCUCUGCCUGCCUCUCAGCCUACUUGUGAUCCCUCUCUCUCUCUCUGUCAAGUAA